UACUGUGUGGCUCACGGCCGAUGUGUUUGCGUGUUCGUUGCCGUGCGGAAAGUGAAAUCGUGUCAUAUGCUACAGAUUAUUUACGUCAAACAAUCGCAUCACCAUGCAGGACGAGGUCUUGCUUCCGAUUGAUAUCCAAACAAACAAGUUGUUGGACUGGUUGAUAAGCAGACGACACUGCAACAAGGACUGGCAAGCUAAAGCGCUCAUCGUACGAGAGAAGAUCAAUGGCGCCAUCCAGGACAUGCCAGAGGUCGAAGAAAUCAUGAACCUUCUCGCGGGGACAUACAUACACUACUUCCAUUGCCAGAGGAUAGUGGAAAUCUUGAAGGACACGGAGGCCAGCACCAAGAACCUCUUUGGCCGGUACUCCUCCCAGCGAAUGAAGGACUGGCAGGAAAUUAUUCGCCUUUACGAAAAGGACAAUGUUUACCUUGCGGAGGCUGCACAGAUGAUUAUACGCACAGUCAACUACGAAGUACCAGCACUGAAGCGGCAGAUAUCAAAAUGUCAACAGAUCCAAGAGGAAGCAGUCAAGAAAGAGGCCGAUUAUGCCAAGCAUGCCCAGGACCUCAGGGACAGGUACCAGCAAGAAUGCAAGCAGUUGGGCAUCAAGGGCGAGUGUGUCAAGAAGGAGCUUCUCUCACUACUGGACGAGUUGCCGAGCCUCUUUGAAGGUGCUGUCAAGGAACUGCACAAAGCUCAGCCAGCCAUCGACCUCUACAGGCUGUUCCUUGGCUUCACAGUGCCAUCAAGCAAAGCUGAUGGCAGCAACAAGGUGGUGCCGCUCAUGCAGUUUCUUAUCUCUCACGGCAAUGUGACAACAUACCACUGGCGGCACGGCGAACCACCCGAAGUGGUCGAGGAGACGCUGCCUGUGCUGCCCGUGGACAUUGACAAUGGCAACAGCGAGGACCAGAUCGAUUUUGGUGAUCUUGAUAUUGGAACAAGCACCAGCGAUUCCACUGCCACGUCCCCCAACGGAGACUUUGUGCACGUGGGGUUUGGUGACGGCGAAGAGGCAAUUGAAGUCGCUGGCGGAGACGCAAUCUCUUGGGACAUUAGUGUUGAAGCCGACGGCACUGCGGGAGAUGGAACUGCUGAGAAGAUACUCGAGGAGCAGUCGAGUCAUACUGGCGCCAAGGUGGCCAGAGGAGCGGACGCCCUGUCACUGCUUCACAACCCAGAGACGAGAACACAGUUCUUCAAUGAGAUUGAGGAGCUGGAGUGCUUCCUGGCCCAGUGGCUGAGCGAGAUGCAACUGGACGGGGAUGCCCUCUCGGCCAGCGUGCUGCAGCAGGCACCCGCUGAGGUGCAGCUACAGACGCGCGAGUCGGUGCUCGCGCACUUGGCCACCGUACGGUCGUGCCUGUCCUCCCUGACGACGGUGCGCAUGCAGCACCUGUACCAGCUGCACAGCUCGCCCAAGUACGUCGACCGCUUGGUGGAGACGCUCCAGCAGAAGCUGUACCUGGCCGACAAGAACUUGCAGUCGCGAGAAGCUGUUGCCACUCGACGUCAGGAGGCGCUUGAAGAGCAGCAGCAGCUGCAGCCCAAGCUGGACCUCAUCUUGGCCAAGAUACGGCAGCUACAAAAGCAGGUGCAAGAUGACAUCUCAAAGAGGUACAAGGGCCGGCCCGUCAACAUAAUGGGAGGAAUCAACGUCAUGUGAUGACCUCUGUUCUAGCGACACCUAGAGUACUUGCCAGGAGGCUGCUGACCACUGCAAGUGAAUGGCCACCCAUCCCUGAUGGCUUGCUUGGUCACAACCACUUGACCCCCCCUGGCAUGUCAGGCUUCCUGUUGGCUCACAUGAGCUUGAGGCGUGUGUGAAGGGCUUCCUCCAGGACAGAUAGUAAAUAACAAAAGGUAUGCCCAACACAGCCUAAAUAACUGUACACCCUUUAAAGUGUACAUUAAUAGUACUCCUUUUAGAGGGUAACGUCUGCCCCAAAGGGUGUAUAUACAAAAUGAGCACUACACCCGAAAGGGUGUAAUGUUCCCACAUUGAUACUUGUCAUUAGUGCAGCGUGCAUUUCCUUUUUGUUAAAGCCUGAUCAUCUAACAGUGUAAAACAAGAGAUGAACAUAGAAGAGACAUACACAAUGCUGUUUGUCUCUUGUAUGUUUGUCUCUUGCUUUACGCACUUUUAUUAGGUGCUCAUGAAUGACCAACUACCCUGAAUUUCCACUCAUUUUAAGACCUUGUCAGGAAAACCAAGGGACGCUGAGCUACCAUGGUGUUCCUGACAAGAAACACACAAGUUUGAUGGUGAGUAUUACUGUGGCAAAAUUACUCUUUAAAGGGUGUACAGUAUUUAAGUGCGCAUUUUGUAAGAGGAGACGGAUGCCGGGAGAUCAAGUAAAUCAUACAGCUUCUCCCGUGGCAGCAGCUGGCACUUUUGAGUGACAUUUGCGUGGGACGAAUUUCGAACACAUUUCCAUGGUGUUUUAAGCAUGCUGUCACUUGGUUCUAGUGGGCUGUCUCACACCGAAUGACAUCCAUGUCAAUUGGUCAAAAUGUGUGCCAUUGCAUGUAACGAUUAACCAUUAAUGACACAAAACAUACAUUGGCUGUGAUUACAGCAUGGUCAUCAUACAGCAUGAAAUGGACAUGCCGGCAUCAUGUGACACAAUGUCAAAAAUUAUUGUUAGAGUACACAUCACGUGGUUGCCUCUUCAUGAAGAUGGUUGUUAUUACUGUCAGCAUUUGUACAUGCAUAUUACCUCUAAAAAUUUUUACUUAUAUUUACAUGUGAAUUUUCCCUGUAAUAUUAUUUUGCAGUUAGAUAUAUAUAUCAGUCUAUUGACUCCACUGUUGUGUUUGCCCUGGAGAGUGGAUUUAGUGGUGCAUGGUGCAUCAAUCUUAUUUUCAAAGAGUGACUGGAAUAAAGAAGUCAGUGUGCAAUUACCUAUGCAAAGUACUGCUGGAAAUGUAAGCAAUCAUAAUAAAGUCUGCAUGUGGUGCAUGCGUAAAUGUUUUGCAUAAUUUGCUGUGACAUCUCACUGUUGACAUGUCCAAGUGAGUGUAUCUGUGAGCGUCCCUUUCACUGUUAACAUUGCAGAUAUGAACUAUUGCUGUACUCCCAUGCCGUUACAAGCAUGCUUGGAACACCUAAAAUAUUUGUUACUAUUUGGAGUCGCAGAGCAAGUUUAUUCCUUGAGGAAUUGCUGAAAUUGUAUUGGCAAAUGUGUUUAAUGCUAUGUGAUCAACUCGAGGAAAAUUUGAGGUUUGGACUUGUCCUGCAACGAGGCACUGUAUUUUUUCAGAGGGAUCUCGGGAUUUUGUUGUUUCACAUUGGAGCUUCAGACUUUGAAUGUGAUUGAAAUAAACCUGAAAAGGAAUUUCAUUUUGAA